UGCAUAAACGUUGCCGCCCAUUCUCAAGUUUAAUGAACAGCUGUAGAUAAGUUUGUUUUUCAUUUGCUCGCUGUUUUCACCUGUUUGUUGUACGAAUAAUUUAUAAUUAAAUACAAUAAUUGAACUAAAAGCGGUGAAACAAAUCUGACAAUACAAAAAAGUAUUAAAACGUAUGGAAAAAGCCACAAUAAAAAGAAAACGUCGUUGUUACUGAUAAGCUCCGAAAUUGGCUAAACUUUGGAAUUGGAGCUCAUUCGGUUUUCGGACACUUCAGAGGGCAGAAAUGGACUCGGACGACAACUCAAGUGGCACAACCGGCAGUGAUCUCGGUCAGCGUUAUCGACAUGCAGGCGACUUAACUGGCGAAGCCCCGUCAAGACCCUUUGCCGAGAUUAGCAUUACGGUUCCAUGGGGACACAUAUCUGGAAAAUGGUACGGCCCGCAAAAUGUUCAACCUAUUUUGGGACUCCAUGGUUGGCAGGAUAAUGCAGGCACCUUUGAUCGUCUGAUGCCUUUGCUAUCGCCGGAUGUGGCCUUCCUCUCGAUCGACCUUCCAGGCCAUGGAUUAUCAUCUCGAUUGCCCGACGGCUGCUACUACAACUCCGUUGACAACCUAUAUGUGAUACGCCUGAUCAUGAAGCAGUACAAGUGGGAAAAAGUAUCCCUAGUUGGACACUCAAUGUCGUCCAUUAUUUGCUUUGUGUUCGCCGCUGUCUUUCCGGACAAAGUGGACAUGAUCAUUGGCAUUGAUGCCCUGAAGCCUCAUCAACGGCCGUAUCCUUCGGUUAUUAGAACCAUGGAGACCCGACUGGAUGAAUUCCUACGCGAGGAUGAGAGAAAUCGGAGCAAGAACGAACCACCGAGUUAUACGUACGAUGAACUAAUCGAAAGGGUGUAUAUCGGCACAUUCCAUUCGGUCAACAAGGAGCACUGUAAGCAUUUGAUGGCGCGCAAUAUUAGCAAGUCGGAAAAGUAUCCGGACAAGUACUUCUUCUGCCGUGAUCGGCGCCUCAAGUUCUACAACUAUGCGAUUGGCUCCCAGGAGCUUUGCGUAGAGAUGGCCAAUAGGAUCACAUGCCCAUACUUGUUCAUCAAGGCCGCCCAGUCCUCUUAUUUCGAGGACAAAAAGUACUACGACGAGGUGCUGGAUGUGCUGUUGAAGAAGCCCAACUUCGAGUACCUGGAGGUUAAUGGCUCGCACCAUGUGCACAUGAACGAUCCGGAGGCCAUUAUCGCACCGGUCAACAACUUUAUCCAGCGCUUCGGACCGGCGGCAGUAGCUGCAUCGCGUCAGAAGGCCAAGGAGGCGAAGGAGAGCAAGCUUUAAAGGGUCUACUAUAUGCAAUGGCAAAUGGAGCUUAUUUAUUGUUACACAGAUUGCACAGGUUUUUAUACUUAAUUGUUGAUUAUGUGAUCGAGGCAGAGGACUCGUCUCUGCUAUAAAUACACAAUGUACAUAUACCAAAAGGUUGUUCGACACCGAUUAAUGGGAAAGUCGUGAAGGAUACUGGGAAACUGGUUAUGCAGAAGGUUUAACCCUUUUGGCAGCACGCUUAGUAUACAUUUCAAAAUAAUAUAUUUUUGUCGAACUGGAAAAAUAUUUAAUUAAAUUAAUAUUAAAAUGGCUUUACAAUUUUUAACGAAAUA